AGGACGUUGCCACUGCGUGCCGGGAGCUCGGUCGAUGAGGAUGGCGCAGGUGCGGCAGCGGCGCGGCGACAGGGAGCCGUCGCCGGCUCCGGCGGCUCCGGUGGCGGCGGCUCCGGAGCCCCGCCGGCCGGCCGGCGACUGGCUGUCGCGGCUGCCCAGCAGUAUAGUGCUGGUGGUGCUGGUGGUGGUGCUGCUGGCCAUGGCCGUGUACGUGUGGUUCAAGAUCGGCCACCCGCCGCCCAAACUGCUCGUCGUCUCACUGGGAGGUCUCCGGCACGACUACCUCUCGCGCCUGCCGGCCGAACAGCUGCCCUUCUUCACCCAGCUCGUGCGAUACGGGGCGCACGCCGAGUGGCUCAACCCGACGUUCCCGUCGGACGGCGUCGCCACGCGCGCCUCCCUGUUCACCGGUGUGUUUCCGGAAAAGAACGGCGUGUUCGGGCCACACGUGCUGGACCGGGAGCUGGGUGAGCUGCGACUGGACGGUCCGGCCGGCCACUCGGCCGAGGACGCCGCCUGGUGGGGCGGCGCCGUGCCGUUCUGGAACUCAGCCGUCAGACAGUGGCGGCGAACGGCUGUGGCCGGGCUGGAGUCGGCCUGCACGCCGCUGGACGCCUUCGAAACCACCUUCUGCCUGCCUCCGUUCCCGGCGGAGAAGCUGGCCGACACGCUGACAGAGAUACUGGACCGUCUGCUACAGCCGGAGAACCCGUACGGCAUCGGCAUCGUGCACACGGACGCGCUGCGACGGGCGGCUGAGGAGCACGGCCCCACCUCUGAGGCUCUGUUUGACGAGCUGCGAGCGAUCGACCGUCGAUUGCAGCAGCUGGACCGGCAGCUGACGGGUCGGCAGGCGCGGGACAGUGUGAACCUGGUGGUGGUUUCUGACGGCGGCCUCACCGACACGGCUCAGCUGCAGACGGUGCCGGUGGACGAGCUGCUGCCGGCAGAAGCCGCCGUCACACUGGCCGGCGACGGCGGCGCCGUGCUCGGCUACAUGGCCACAGAGCACGCCCAGCAGGCCGCCCGGAUCGCCGCCGAGCAUCCGGGCGUGCGCGCCCACCUGCGCGGCUCGCUGCCGGCGCGGCUGCGGCUGGCGCACCCGCAGCGCGAGCCGGACCUGCUGCUGGUCGCCGAGCCGGGCUACUACCUGGAGAACGAGCGGCCGCUGGCCGUGCAGGCGGCCGGCGGGUACGACGACACGACGGGCGCCGCCCCGGACAUGCGCGGCGUCCUGCUCGGCCGCGGGCCCUCCUUCCGGGCCGGCGCCACCGUCCAGCAGGCCAACGCCGUGGACGUGUACCCGCUGCUGGCGGCUCUGAGCCACGUCAUACCAGAGCCUCACAGCGGUCAGCUGAGCAACGUCGACGGCCUGCUCGACUGGUGACGUCACCCGCCCGCUGGACCGACGGCUGCUCAUCGCCACCCUGUCAACCUGCCGAGGGUGGAGCCCGCUGCGGUGGGCGCGCCAUGACAAAUCCCGAGAGGGACGGGAGGGGAAAUAGCGCCCGGAUGCCAGAUUUCUGUGGCAUUACUACGCUUUGGGAAUCGUUCAUUAGCUGAUGUGUAAUAGAAUCCAUUUUGUCCGAUGCCCAUGUAGAAAUUAGGUCCUGUUUACAUGAGCUCUCUUUCAGUCGCGUGCAGCGUUAUUUUUCAGUGGUUGGGGAAAUACGUCCAUCGCAAGAAGUUGAGCGCUUUUCACGUCAAUCAUUUUAACCGUAACGCAUGAUUCAGUGCUUCUGUUUUGAAGGCAAUACAGUUACGACGGUAAAGUA